UUAUUCUAAAUGCUAGCAAUAAUUCCAUAACGCCAAUGCAAGUGUUGUUUCUUUGUCCCUUAUUUCAAUUAAGAUCGAUGUGAACGUGUUUUGUGUUCUGAUUCUCAAAACACUGAGUAAAUCAAAAUUGAAGUGGAUGACUGAAUCAGUCCAGGUACCAGCAGAGAUUUAUUUUUUUUAGCUUAAUUCCUAAAGUAUGAGGUACUGAAAUGCAAAUGGGACUUCGGUGAAAAUUUGUUAUAAUAAAAUAGCAUCUUGAUCCCGACCUGAGAGUCGGUUAGGAGAGAAGUAGUCUGGGUUUUGGGCAAACGUCAAGAGUUCUGUCAUUUGCUGGUACAGGGAAAGGAAAACCCGCACGUCAAGGAUGACCUCGGCGCUGUAUGUCUGAGAUGGAGGGGGGGUUUCAGCCUGGGGUGCCGAUGAGGGCAGGGCAGAGCCGAGCGCGGCGCGCGUUGCACCCGUUAAUUCCGUUGGGGUGAAUGAGCGGCGGGGCCGGGUCCGGCCGGUGCCCCGAGCGCUGCCCGGCGGGGCGGGCUGUCCGUGCGUCGGGCUGUCCGUGCGUCGGGCUGUCCGUGCAUCCGCGCCGGUCCCGCCCCACGGCCAGCACAACAAACCCGCCCCGUCCCGCCCGCGCCGUGCGGCUGUUGCGCGGAGCCGCCCCCGGCCGCGGGGGCCGGGCCGGGCCGGGCGGCGCUGGCAGCGGGGCCGGGGCGGACAUGAGGACCGAGAUCUCCACGGCGGCCGCGUUCGUGACCCGCCUCCUGCGGGCCGCCGGCGGGGUCGGCGAGGAGCAGCUGCGGUGCUUCCGCGAGUGCCUGCAGGAGGCGAUGCGCGAACACUACAAGCACCACUGGUUCCCCCUGGUGCCCUCCAAGGGCUCCGGCUACCGCUGCAUCAGGAUCAACCAUAAGAUGGACCCCUUGAUAGGAAAGGCGGCGGGGAUGAUCGGACUGAACCACGAGAGGCUCUUCCAGCUCUUACCCAGCGAGUUAACGCUGUGGGUCGACCCCUUCGAAGUGUCCUAUCGCAUAGGUGAGGAUGGGUCUAUCUGUGUGCUGUACGAAGGCCCCCAGCCUGGAGGGAAGGCGGCCAAACAGCUGGAGAGCAGGACCAGCUGCAAGGAGGAGUGGAGAAUUGGCAGAUCCAGCCCUUCCAAGAGUUACAACAUGAUGACGGUUUCCAGUUAAAAACAACUCUUCCCUGUACGAUGUUGUAUGUAUCCCAACUUCGUGGUAAAGUUAGAUGUAGCUGAGCUUUUUUUGUUUUUAAUUACUUUUUUUUCACACUAUAGUCAUUAAAGUUGUGGUAGUACUGCCAAGUUCUUUGUGGCCAAGGGCUAAAUGUAUAAAGCAGUUCUUUACACUGCAUGUUCCUUUCUGGGUUGUGUCCUGUAAAUGCACUGUACAGUUGGUGGAUUGUUUUACACAUUUAUAGUUUCGAAAAAGUUUUGCGCAUUUGUAAUAAAAAGCAAUAUUGUAGCACUCUUUAUGAUGGGUUGUAGUCAAAAUUAGUACUUGCUAAAAAAAUAAAUCUGCAAUUUGCAGAGCAAUAACACAAAGAGGGGUGGGAAACAGAUCUAACAUAAAUCCAGUGAUUUGUCUGCACAGACUUCUCUCAGGGUCAUUCUAGUUUGACUGUGAGGCACAAAUCACAGAAAUAACUCUUUAUUUUUCCUUUUUCAAAGCAUGCAUUUAUUUGAGGGCUGGGUUCCAUCACACCCAAAUAUUUUAGCAAAAAGAAAUGGAGAAUUCAUUGUCUUGUUAUUGCUAGUUAUGGGAGUAGAAAAAUAAAGACUUGCUUAAAAUGCU